AUGGCUGCUGUGAAGGGGAUGGGGCCCCAGUUUCAGAGAAAGAACUCUGUUCAGCCUGGAUGUCCUCCACCUGAGCCUCAUCUUCAGACUCAUCCCUGCCCUCCACCACUCCUUCACUCUGUAUGGUUCCACUCCGUAUGGUUCCACUGCCCCUGCCAACAUGUUUUUCUCACAUACUGGAUUCUUCUUACUCUCUUCCAUCUGGUAACCACUCUGACAUCUUUUCCUGCCUUUUCAGAGGAGCAUGUGAUCAUCCAGGCUGAGUUCUAUCUGAAGCCUGACUCAUCAGGCGAGUUUAUGUUUGACUUUGAUGGUGAUGAGAUUUUCCACGUGGAUAUGGAAAAGAAGGAGACAGUGUGGCGGCUUGAAGAAUUUGGACGUUUUGCCAGCUUUGAGGCCCAGGGUGCAUUGGCCAAUAUAGCUGUGGACAAAGCUAACCUGGACAUCUUGAUAAAGCACUCCAAUCACACCCCAAACACCAAUGAACCUCCCGAGGUGACUGUGCUCUCAAACAGCCCUGUGGAACUGGGAGAGCCCAACAUCCUCAUCUGUUUCAUCGACAAGUUCUCCGCACCAGUGAUCAAUGUCACGUGGCUUCGAAAUGGAAAGCCUGUCACCACAGGAGUGUCAGAGACCGUCUUCCUGCCCCGGGAAGACCACCUUUUCCGCAAGUUCCACUAUCUCCCUUUCCUACCCUCGGUGGAGGAUGUCUAUGACUGCAAGGUGGAGCACUGGGGUUUGGAUGAGCCUCUUCUCAAGCACUGGGAGUUUGAUGCACCAACCCCCCUCCCAGAGACAACAGAGAAUGUGGUGUGUGCCCUGGGCCUUGUCGUGGGUCUGGUGGGCAUCAUUGUGGGAACCAUCUUCAUCAUCAAGGGCAUGCGCAAGGUCAAUGCUGGUGAACGCAGAGGGCCUCUGUGAGGCAUCCACAGG